UUUCAAGACUUUCAAUUGAGUUUAUUUUUCUGUCAUUGAUGAUAGGAGUUGACGCUAGGAUUUCUUUUUAUAAAAUAGAGUCAAAUAAACAGCUAAAAACUUAUAUUGUUUUGCAAUAGUUGGAAGGAAUUAGGAUCUAUGGGCUUGUAUUGUUUAGACGCAGCUCAAAUUAAGCAGCGGGACUCCAAAUCUUCUCAAUUGUGUUUACUUUCGGAGUGAUCAUAAAAAGUAGGGUUGGUUUAAAAACAAGGGUUGGGUUUCCUCAUUUGGUGAAACAAGCUAUCCGUCAAAUUGCUCAUUACCAUGUUAGAGGUUUCAAUGCCCUGAAAAAAGCCUUCAACCUUCAAGUGAGGAGAUCUGGUUUCAGUUGCGAGCAAAUUCUGGAGUUUGUAGUAAGUUGAUGUUCUUGUUAUGGACUUCUCCUUAUCUUUAAUGUCCCUAGAGAUGAUAUCCUUGAGUUCAUAAGAACAUUGAAGUAAAAGACUUAGAAGAAUGGACAUGCAAAAUAAGACUUGGAGGAUCUCAAAUCUCUUUGGCUUUCGGCUUUUGAGUUUGAGAUUCUCGUUUACUUGCGUGUCCAUGAUUACCCUUUUCAUUGCUCUUGCCAUGGUUCUUCAAAUUGGUGCAUUUGAUAGAAACAGAUGGUCCUUACUUGAUUGGAAGGCCUGGCCUAAAGGGAGUUUCAUCGGGGCCCAAACAGCCUACAAUUGGAGCCUAUGCUCUAAUGGCAAUAACAAUGAUAUUGAAGCAUUGAAGAAUGAUAUUCAAAAAACACUACUUAGAAUGGAUGCAAUGGAGAGAAAACUAAAAUAUUCAAUAACAUUCUUGCCUCUGAAAGAUUUAAGCUUCGAAAAGACUGCUGAUGACGGGCAUACAUGGUUCAUGAGUAGUUUCAAGGAGAAAAUGGAAAACCCUACAUUGGGUAAUUUGUACUUUCCAUCAAACUCCUCCAAAGGGAGGAUUCUCUGUAUUUUGGGCAGGGAUAGAUCUGAUGGAGCCAAAAAUAGUUAUGGCCUUGCUUGGAAAGAGCACUUGCCUCGAAACUUCACUCUCCUUCCUGGAUUAACUUUUGUUUCCAAUAAUUACUGGGACUACAAGAAUCUAUGGCAUGGAUUAACCACCCUUGUCCCUUUUGUGUGGUGGCACAAGUUCAAUGAAUGUGCGGUGCCCGAUAGAUUUGUGCUUUACCAUUGGGGUGAAAUUGUUAGUAAAAUGGGGUCUUGGAUUUCUGAAGUUUUGCAUGCAUCCUUUGGUCGGAUGGUACCAGUUGAUGUUUUGGAUUAUGGUGAUGGUCCUGUAUGCUUUGAGCGAGCAGUGAUAUAUAGGCGUGGCAUUUCGCAUGUGUCAUUAGAGAAAAGAAUGGAGGUAUUUGACAUUAUUCGAUGUAAGGCCCGUCAGUUUUGUAGAGUUGCUGUUGGGCAAGAUUUGGAUCUGGGCGAUUCCACCUUCAAUUUUACACUUCUAACCAGAGCGGGAAAUAGGUCAUUUAGGAAUGAAUCAAUCAUUGCGUCCAUCUUUGAGGAAGAGUGCAAAAAGGUUAUUGGUUGUCGGUUCCGUGCUGUUAGAGCUGAUGGUCUAAGCUUCUGUGAUCAGGUGCAAUUGAUGAGUACGACUCAAGUUGUGGCGACAGUCCAUGGAGCCCAACUAGCAAACAUGAUUUUCAUGUCAAAGGGAAGCCACAUAAUGGAAAUUUUCCCAAAAGGAUGGUUAGAGCUUGCAGGAGCCGGUCAGUAUGUGUUUCAUUGGCUUGCAGAUUGGAUGGGAAUGAAGCAUGAGGGCACAUGGAGAGACACAGAGGGGCCUGAAUGCCCUUAUCCUGAAAGGGGGGAUUUAGAGUGCUUCUUCUUUUACAAAGAUCGACAGGUGGGGUUUAAUCGGACCUUCUUGUCAAGUUGGGCUUCUAAUGUUCUUAAGAGAUUUAAUAAGCUUACUCCACUUUCUGGGGAAUGCCCAUGUUAGAUGCAAUUGUAUCACUUACUCAUGUAUUUAAUAGCAAUUCUGAUGCUUUAUUAUUU